AUGUCUAGUGCAUUUGGUUCCUUCUUUACAGCUUGGGAGGCUACGGAAACAAAUUAUCAGAAGGAGAUUUUUUCAGAGGAUAACGAUACUGUUAUUGUUGAUCUCUGGGAUGUGCUACAAGACGGCAUGAUCAGCACUAUGCCCAUUGACAUUGACCUGUCAAGCAUAACAUCAGAAGCCCAGAAAAUUGUGUAUGGGCAAAUGAUCCCGCUUGCUUGGAGUGUAGCUCCCGGCAAAUUCGUCCCAUAUAUCUUCCAUGAUACGGCCGGACUCACAAUUCACAGAAAAACCGGAGAUUCAUGUUCAUCGAACACCCCGGGUGACAUCUCAUUCUGGAUUACCUCCGACGCGGUCAGCAAAUCAAAAGUCUGUUGGAACGGAAACACGUUAUACGUACUCGGUGUCAGUUCGAGCCCUGAUUUGCUUAUUUCGCAAAACCAGCCAGACUUGGGCCCCGGGUCCCCUGCACCUUUCGUUGCUAUCCCAGGAGGGACAACCGAUGUUCUCGAUGGAAAUUCAUUCGGCAGUGUCAUGCUGGAUGAUAUGGUAAUCAGUGCAUACUCUGGAUACUUACAAAAUGGCAACAGGAAUGGCUAUCAGGUGCCAUCAAAUGGAGGAUCUACAGACGGCCUAUUCUUUUCUGGGGGCAUCCAAACUGCUGGGUUCUUCACCUUGCAGUUGCACCAGCAUUUAUAA